AUGCUACGUCACACGACCCCAGAGCAGAGAGAGCGGUGGUGCUGUCAGAGAGAAGGAGAAGGAGCGAAGGAGCGCAGUCUGUCUCCGCGUCUCCAGAGCAGAGCAGCCGCAGGAUGGAGACAGUGGGACGCCCAGGCCACUCUUGGAUGUUCCAGGACCCUCUCGUUUCCCAGAGCUGAACUAACCCCAAAACACAGAUGCUCCGCAGCAGAGUUGGCCCCAGAGCCUUCAGAGCCUCCGAGUCUGAGUCAGCCUGCUGCCCCCACACGGAUAGGAGCUGCUCUGGCUCGGAGCAGCUCGGAGCGGCUCAGAGCCGACCUAAAGCGGGUUCUGUCGUUCCCGCCGUACCCCGGGGAUUACCUGCACCCGGUGGUGUACGCCUGCACAGCUGUCAUGCUGCUGUGUCUGCUCGUCUCCAUCUUCACCUACAUUGUGCACCAUCGAGUGAUCCGCAUCAACAGGAACAGUUGGCACAUGCUGCUCAACGUCCUCUUCCACUCGGGCCUCACCUUCGGAGUCUUCACUGUUGGAAUCAAUCAGAUCAAUCUGCCGCUGGUCUGUCAGACGGUGGGCAUGGUCUUGCACUACGCGUCGCUGUCCACAAUGCUCUGGCUGCUGUUCACGGCCCGAAACAUUUACAGAGAUGUCUCCAAAGACCCGCUGAAGGCCGACAGGACUGUACUGGCCAAACUCAAGUCCAAACCCUCCAUACUCAGAUUCUACAUCGUGAGUGACGGGUUUCCUUUGCUCACGGCGGGAGUGACGGCAGCGUUUGAUCUGAACAACUACGGGAGCAGAGAUGGGGCUCAGUACUGCUGGAUGGCCUGGGAGCCCAGUUUGGGAGGGUUCUUCUGUCCUGUGGCCUUGAUGGUCCUGAUCAUGUGCGUGUACUUCACGUGCACUUACAUCCAGCUCAAACGUCAUCCUGAGAGGAAGUACGAGCUGAGCCUGCAGAGAGACGAGCAGCAGGCCGAGUCCAAGGGGCCCAUGGGGGAACCUCUGCCCUUCUCUCCGAGCUUCACCACACUGGCCAACGAGCAUUCUUUUAAAUCCCAGCUGAGAGCCACAGCCUUCACGCUCUUCCUCUUCCUGUCCACGUGGGCACUGGGGGCGCUGGCCGUCUCUUUGGGGCACUUCCUGGACAUGAUCUUCAGCUGUCUUUAUGGGGCCUUCUGUGUCACUAUGGGCCUCUUCCUUCUUAUCCAGCACUGUGCUAAACGAGAUGAUGUGUGGCAUCGCUGGUGGGUCUGCUGCUCCUCCAAGGACAAGGACGAGGAUCAGAAUGGGGCUGUUUUGGGGCCUGGGGAGGAGGUACAUACACCUAUCUGUCAGAUCAGCUCCUCCUGCCCCGCUCCUCUCAUACAGACUGUGUACUCUCCCCCCAGUCCCAAAGCCAAUCACUCCCCUCAGUGCUGUGGGACUCUCCUGACCCCAGACACGCUUCAGGACGAUCUGCCCAGACCCACGCUGCCCCUGCAGAGCUGCCUUAUGGACCGCAACAAAUCCCGCUCAUUUCACCGCCCGCGGCCGUACUUACAGGAUUACCGAUCACACUUCAACUCUACCAGCAUGGACAGCUCUCUUCUGAGCGCCCCUGACCCCACUUUGCUGCUGCAGAGACAGGAUUCAGUGACUUCCUGCCAUAGCCACGCCCACAACAUGGCUGACAGCACAGCAUCCUUUCCCAGCCAUGGUCACAACAUGACAGACAGCAUCACGUCGUGUGCCAGCCUCCUGCUGCCCCACAGUCCGCACACCUGCCAGUGGCGCCUGUACGGCCCUCAGGAGUCCUGUCCAGAGGACAUGGAGCCCUACACUAGCACAGCACAGAACUCAGACAAACAGAACCGCCUCUGUGUAGAAAUGGAACAAAAACAUUUCCCUAGAACAAACACACUUCCACGGCAGCAUGGCACCAUGGCCCGGCGAGGACCCAUCGGCCGAAACCACAGUCUGCAGGAAGACGGCAUUUUUGGAUCAGACAACACUGGGAACAUUCGCACUGGCCCAUGGAAAAACGAGACGACAGUAUAA